UCCUCAGGGAUGCCGCUUCGAGCACCGGCCCCGGGGCACAGCCCCUGGCGAGCCUAACACUGCCCGGGGCUCGGCAGGAUGGAAGGCACGGAGGUCCCCAUGGCUGUGCCCACGGGUGUGCCCACGGGUGUGCCCACGGGUGUCCCCGCGCUGGCCACAGAGCCGAGGUUCGCCCAGCGCCUCAGGCAGUGGCUGGAACAGGAGCGGCUCCUGGACGGGCGCUACGGGCUGCAGCGGGUGCCGGGGGGCCGCGUGGCCGUGCCGCUGCUGCCGGAGAAGCUGUCCCAGCUCUGCCUGCCCCGGGAGGUGCCGUGUGAGCUGCUCGGGAUCCAGGACCCUGUCCCCUCCAGGGCCGCCCGCCGGCGCUCGCCGGCCCAGAGGCUGCGGGAGGAGCUGCGGCGGCUGCUGGGGCCGGGCUGGUCCGGGCAGCUGGAGCGGGACGUGCCGCACGCCUGGCAGAGGCACGGGGACCUGGUGCUGCUGAGCGAGGACAGCUUCAGGGCUGAGCCCUGGGAGAGGCUGGGCCCGGCGCUCUGGGAGACGGUCGCCAAGGCUUUGGGGGCCCGGCGGGUGGCCAGGCGAGGACGGGUGAUGCCGGAUGGGAUGAGGAGCCCCAGGGUCACCCUGCUGCUGGGCCAGCACGGCUGGGUGGAGCACGUGGACAAUGGCAUCAGGUACACCUUCGACGUGACCAAGUGUAUGUUCUCCCCGGGAAACAUCACCGAGAAGCUGCGUGUGGCCUCACUGCCCUGCUCCGGGGAGGUCGUGGUGGACCUCUAUGCAGGCAUCGGCUAUUUCACACUGCCGUUCCUGGUGCACGCCGGAGCCGCCUUUGUCCACGCCUGUGAGUGGAACAGCCACGCCGUGGAGGCCCUGCACAGGAGCCUGGUGCUGAACGGGGUGCGGGAUCGCUGCCACAUCCACAGCGGGGACAGCCGGCAGCUGCAGCUGCGGGACGUGGCCGACAGGGUGAACCUGGGGCUGAUCCCCAGCUCGGAGGAGGGCUGGCCCGUGGCCUGCCGCGUCCUGAAGAAGGACACGGGUGGGGUUCUGCACAUCCACCACAACGUGGAGACUCGCCCAGCCACGCCGCAGAGCGCGGUGCUGCUGGCUGAGCGGGGCUCUCCGGAGGCAGCGAGCCCCGGGGGAGAGGCACAGCACCCGCCACAGCACGGUGGGGAGGAGACUCCGGGGGCCAGGCUCAGGCCCGAGUGGCAGAGCUGGGCCGAAGGCACGGCCACACGCAUCCAGGGGCUGCUGGCAGAGCUGCACAGGGCGCCGUGGCGCAGCAGCGUCCUGCACAUCGAGCCGGUGAAGUCCUACGCGCCACACGUGCAUCACCUCGUGCUGGACCUCGAGUGCCGGCCUGUGCUGCCCGUUUAGCGGGGCACGGGCACUGCUGGGGCUCCAGCUCCCUUGGACGGGUGGCCAGCAGUGUCCUGCUGCCAGCCUGGAGGUGCCUUGUGUCCCCUAGUUCCCAGGUGGCAGCGCUGCCCAGCAGUGCCUCCCCGUGCCCGGGGCACCCAGGGCUGUGCUCCCCAUGGCAGAUCCCGUCAGGAUCCAGACAAGGAUGGAGCAAGCUGGGGCUCAGAGUGCCAGUGUUCUACCCUGGCUCUGCCAGUCCUGCCCAGGUCUUGGA